AAAGAUUGUCAAUAAUCCCACAGGAUCCUGUUCUUUUUUCUGGCACAUUAAGAUUUAACAUGGAUCCAUUUGGAAAGAACGAUGAUAGAGAAAUUCAUGAAGCACUGACAAGAGCGCAUUUCUCCAGCACACAGUCGUAUAAGAACUUUGACAACGGCUUAGAUGGUCAGAUUACAAGUUCUGGAACAAACUUUAGCGUUGGAGAAAGGCAGCUUCUUUGCCUUGCAAGAAGUUUGCUAAGAAAGUCCAAAAUCCUUAUUAUGGACGAAGCAACUGCAGCAGUAGACAAUGACACAGACCAAAUCAUUCAAGCAACUAUUCGAGCCUCUUUCCAGGAUUGCACCGUUCUAACAGUUGCCCAUCGCAUCCAAACAAUUAUUGACAAUGAUCGUGUCUUAGUGAUGGAAGCUGGACGCAUUGCAGAGUUUGAUACCCCCAAGAAUCUCCUCAAAUUAACAGCCUUUUUCCUGCUCAUCAAUUAUCACGAAUGCGACUUCAAGGACAUCAAGGUUUUACACGUGGAGCUCCCAUCAAACUCAACUCCGCGGUUUGUUUCCAAUCUAGAGCUUCAGUUUAACUGCUCGAACCUCAAGCUCAACCUCAUCGAAAGCACGAACACAUGCUGGACGUGA